AACAUUAUAUUUUUUUUUUGAUACUUAUAAUAAUAUCAAUAAUAGUAGACAAUAAAUUUUUAAUAAAAACUGUAAAACUAAUAAUAUAUAGAGUAUUUGAUUCUCUCCAUCUCAAUACAAUAUAUAUAAAUAUAAAAAUACUGUAUUAAUAGAAAAUAAAAAAUAAUAAUUUAUAACAACUUCAACAUCAACAAUAACAACAACAAUAGAUAGUAUACUAGCAUUGUUUAGAGGAAUGAUAAAAACCCACUUUUUAUAAACUGACCAAUCUUCCAUUAUAUAUAUAUAAUAAUUACUAAAAAUGAAUGACCACUAUUCAGAAAUUCAGGAUACUUUUUUAUUUGAUAGUCCAUCAAAAGCAUUUAACUCUGUAUUAAAUAGUAAUAAUAACAAUAUUAACGGAAAUAAAUAUGGCUAUACUGGUAUUAGAAGUAUUAACAGUACACCAAGUCGUAACAUAUUAGGUGAAAACCCUCUAAGUAUCCAAAACUCACCACUUAGUGGGAUGAUGGGCCAUCAUGGUGAAACUGGCUUUACACCAUUCAAAAACUCUCCCCCAAUAAUAUCGUUUGACGAUACAUUUUAUAAUCACGGCAUCGAUAGCGACUUUAUUUUAAAAACAACCAAAACCCCAAACCACUACCAACAACAAACACUUCAACAACAACCACAGCAACAACAAAUUAAUAAUACUCACCAACCUGCUUUAAAUCAACAACAAAACCUAAACUCGCAAACCACACCAUCACCACCAUUAACAUAUAACAAUCAAUUUCAUACACAAUUUUUUAAAUCACCAAAUCAUUUUGAAUCAUCUCCUCUAAAACUAAAUAGCAAUAACACUCCAAUUUUUCAACAACUAAAAAGUCCUUAUCACCUAUCACCUGAUAGAAACUCAAAAUAUAAUAUUAGCAACAAUGUAAAUAAUAAUCAUCAUUUCCAAAACUUAAGCAAUAGUGCUAAAAAAUUAAUAAAAAAUAACAAUGCUUACAAUAAUGACCUUAAUCAUAUAUUUGACCUAUUUACUGACGAAGUGUUAGAUGUCAAUCAACCAAAAUCAAAUACCACCAUGACCACCACAACCACUACAACCACAAUAACACCAAAUAAUAAUAACAGCCCCACCAAUAUUAGUCUCAUCAAUAAUAAUGACAAUAAUAUAGAUGAAAUUAAAAAUCUAAAUAUUUUAAACCAAAACCUUGAUCUAAAAAAACUGUAUAAAUCCGAAUUUUCAAACGAGCAUUUUAGCUAUCAAAAAGGACUUUGUGAAAGUGUUUUCGAGGUGGAGCUAUUAGAAGAAAACGAUGGCGCAACUAGAAUUAUCUCUGCUAAAAAGAAAAACAUGCAAACUGGCCCGUUUGAUCAAAAUACAAUCCAAGAACUCCAAAAAAAAUAUGACGAUAAAGUUUCACAAAUUAGUCUGUAUAAACUUUUAAAAAUUUUAAUUUCCAAUCAACAACCAUCAAACUCAAAUAAUAGCAGCAAUAGUAACAACAAUAAAGAGAUUACACUACCACCGAUCAGCCAACAGUCUCCACAAGAUCAAGCCGAACUACUCAACUUUAAACCUGAACAAAGACCACAUCAUUCAAUUAGUGAUUUUGAUGCUUUAAUUAGACAACAAAAUAACACUAAUGAUGAAUCUUUAAAACAUGAAAACUUAUUAAAAAAUCAUAUUUCAUUUUAUAAAAAUAAUGUUAAAAAAAGUUUUAAACAAAAUUUUAAAAAAAGAAAAGAAAAAUUCAGUGAAAGAAUUGAAAUUAUUAAUAAUACAAUCAGGGAUCAUCACAACCAACAGUUACAAGCACAAUCCAAUGUCUAUCAAUAACACAAAUAAAAUAUCCAUAUUUUUUAAAAAAAAAAAAAAAAAAACAAAUAAAAAAAAACAAGAAAAAAAAAAACAAAUCAAAAACC